AUGGGCACAGAACCGAAUGAAGAAAACCGAAAAGGUGGAAGAAGAAAAAACAAAAACAACUCGACGAAAAAUUCUUCAUUGAAUUUAUAUGCGCAAAACAACAACUCGAACAGCAGCUGUGAAUUCACGAAUGAACUUUUCCUUUUCCCUUCCCUCUUCGAGCAGAAUGACAAGUACACCUCCGAGUUUAAGGACUAUACUGAGAACGAAUUUUUCUCAAGGCCAUUGUUGGAAUUAUUAAUUAAAUGCGGCGAAAUAAACUGGUGGUUGGAUGUUGGGUGUCUUCCGAUGUAUCCCAUCAUGACCAUAAAUGACGGCAAUUGUUUGCUCCAUGCAACGUUCUUAGGGAUUUGUGGUUUCCAUGACAUAAAUUUAUCGCAAAGAAGGCGAAUCCAGAAAUCCAUGAUGUCCGGUCCCUUGAAAGAGACAUUUUUCAGAAAAUGGAAGUGGCAUCAAAUGUUUGUUAAUAAGAAGGAAAAUGUUGUGUUCUCUGCCGAUAGCUGGAAGAAUGAAUGGAAGAAGUUAAUAAUGCUGGCAUCUACGCUGGCCAUUGGCACGUGUGACCCUGUCGUUGAAGAAUUGAAAGAGGAAUGUCGGAGGCAAGACAAAUUGUAUCGAGCGAAGGAAGACAAAUAUGAUUUGGAUCCCGUUAUUGCUCAACAGCCUCCCAUCAUUUACUCGGAGUUGAAAGAGAUACACGCCUACAUUCUCGCUAAUAUCAUCAUGAGGCCAAUUAUUGUUUAUUGUGAUAAAUUCAAAAGAUCGAAAUCCGGAGAGCCGAUUUCAGUGAACACAUUUGGAGGAAUUUAUCUGCCGAUGGAACAAAAGCCGUCCCUCUGCUACCGGUCGCCCGUCUUCCUCAUUUAUCACGACGCACAUUUUUCCGCGUUGAUUCCAAAAGAAGUCGAUUUAAGUUCUGUUCAGGCUAAUAUUUUCACCGGUAUAUUGCCUUUAAUGUCAAAAAAACACGAGCUUUACCCGAUUCACUUCAUUCAUGAUCCUGGGAAAGAUUUUGAAAAUUCCUUAGAAAUUCCAAAGCAAAAAUACGAAGAUGAAGAUUAUAGUUUGGAAAAAAAAUUAACACUUCUAAAAGAUUAUUUAGAUAUUGAAUUAGCAACUCUCGUUCCUGUUGAAAGCGAGACUCAACUUGUAAACAAAGCUGCAAAUUCUACUGCAAAUAACAAUAACGUAAAUGUAUUCGGAAAGUUUUCUGAUAUAAGCAACAUCACCAGUAACUCUUUUCCAGCUUCUUCUAAUAACAUAAAAAAUUUCCCGCUUUUUGAACAAUUACACAAUGUAAACAUGAAUGCCAAAAACGUUCACAAUAACAACAACAAUCAGCAAGGCGAAAAAACUUCGAAGGGUUUAAACAAACUUAUCGGUAAAAUUCCUAGCCCUUUUAAGUCUUCAGUUAAGAAGCAAUCAUUGCACGAAGCCUUACACGGCGAAGCAGGCCAGAAGACCACUCCAUCACUGACAAUCACUCAACAAAAAAUUCAUCAAGAAGAAGAAUUACGUUUGUCCCUUACCAAGCAACAAGUGCAGCAGCAGCACGAAACUCUACCAUUCAACCAGCCUUACGGCUUGCCUACGACUCAGACAACUGUCGCUUUCAGUCUGACGAUGGUUAAUAAUCUCAGAAAAAAAUCACAUUUACUGGUUGCCAGAGUUUUUUAUAAAAAACCUUUUUUUACCAAAAAAAUGUUAGAAGAAUAUUUGUGUAGUGCUAAAUUGAGAUUGUCGCACAUCAAAGCGUAUAAGAAGACCCACAGUCACCAAGGUGCAACUCCUGCUAUCGAGACUAAAGGAGUUUUUUUGAAACCACACAAAAAGUAG